AGCUUUUACAAGCAUAAUAUUUCAUAAGGAUUUGUUUCAAAUUAUUAAAUAAACCAUGAAGGCUUCUCUUGUUAUCAUUAAAAAUUUUUAUAUUCUUUAUUUGGCUGCAUGUAUUGGUACAGCAUGGAUUUUACCAUAUGAAGUCAGUGGAGACGGUGAAGAUGCUACUAUUUCUUACGGCUUAGGCAUUUCUGGGUUUUCUGCUUUAUCUAGUAUAUUUUUUAGUUUUAUCAUGGGGGCUAGGUACCGUGUUCCAACUUUAAAUCUUGGUGAAAUCCCUUUUAAUUGUAAUUAUAAUUAUUAUUUGCCAGAGAAUGUUAAAAUUGCAUGUAAAGCAAGAUUUAUAAGUUGUACUUUAGGUUUUUCUUUAUAUGCAACUCCCUUGGUUACUUUAUUAAUCUUUCUUUUAUAUAAGCGGUUUUCUAAAUUAUUUUCUAAAUUAUUUGACUUAAUUGAGAGAAUUUCAUAUAAUUUACAAAAAUAUUUGUUUGUCUUGUGA